AUGGGAGUUUUUGCCACGUUCAGACGUCGCUGGCAACGUCUUGCCGUUGCUUCGGUCGUUUUUUGCAUGAUUGCGUUUUCAGUCCUGUCCCACCGAGGGGAGCAAUUCUUUACACCACAACAAUACUCUGAAGCACAACCGGAGUUCUCGAGCGAUACUCCGUUAAUAUGGAAGCAUAUAAACAGUUCGACUGUCAGGGGCGGAGCAUUUUGGAUCCCACCCGAAUGGCUCUCACCGUCGACACCCAAACCAACCACGAUGAUCGAAGCAGCGCGCCUUGUAUCCCAAUUGACCAAUAUCAGCAAUACUACCCACCUAAUGGAAAACACUGAGAUACCUCUAGUGGCACACCAGACGUGGAAGAACACUCAUGUCGACACAUGGCCGGACCUGAUCCGCGAUAGCGUCGAGCGGUGGAUGGAGAAUGUGAUUGAGACACCCAUGGCCUACUUUCUAUGGAAUGACGAGGGCAUAAUAGAGUUCUUGGAAGAAUACGAGCCCGCGAUUAUUGAACAUUUCAGUGCGCUACCGCGGAUGGUUGAGAAGUCGGACAUCUUCCGAAUUAUGGUCUGCAAGUACAUUGGCGGUGUUUAUGGAGACGUCGACACUCGUCCACUACGGUCGCCGGCGACCUGGAUUGAAAAGACAGACUUGGCUCCAUGGCGCGACAAUGAAACAGACAUCUUGUACAACUCUACGAAACCAGUCAGGGCGAUUUUUGGUAUUGAAGCUGACUGUCCUCCGGAUACCGAUACCUACUGGCGAAUGGGCUAUACCAAUCCCGUGCAAUUGACCCAAUGGGCACUAGCGUCUGCCCCUGGCCACCCUGCAUUGACGUGGUUCAUUCAGAAAAUAUACGGCAUUCUAGACGAGGUCGCCAGCCACCACGAUGGCAAUUUGACGACUCCGGAAGCAUAUGAAGAGCUAGAUUAUCUGGAGCCGUUGCUGUUCACGGGUCCUGAUGCCAUUACAGUUUCGAUGCGCAGUUGGCUUGAAGACCGCAUUGGACUGCGAUGGAAUGCGCUGACCGGUCUGCACGACAAUGGCAAGAGCAAGUUGGCGGAUGAUAUUUUGAUUCUGCCUAUUACUGGGUUUAGUCCCGGACGCGGUGUAUACGGUAACAUGGGCUCGAAACCAGUCGCGCAUCACGACGCCCGUCUCCAACAUCUUGCCCAGGGUUCCUGGAAAGGAUUCGACCUCCGCCUCGAAUUCGGCAAAAUGUGCCGAACCUUUUUUGGCAUGUGUCGAGACUGGCCGAAGUCAUAA